AUGGAUUGUUCAAAAUUAUUCUCUGGGGAGAUUCCAGAAUUAACGAAUAACAUAUUACGGAAUUUACGGCAUGACAAUUCAUCACUUUAUUCAUGCGCCCUAGUAAAUCGAUUUUGGAGUCGUUUAACCAUUCCAAUACUUUGGGAGAAUCCUUUCUCUGCAAAGAAUACCAAAAAAACAAAUCUUCAUAAUCUUGAUAUAUACCUAUCAUGUUUAAAUGAUGAUGAUAAGGAGUCUUUAAGGAAAUUGGGAGUUGGAAGAAUUGAUAAAUUAUCAUUGGUUCCACUGUUCAAUUAUCCAAGUUUUAUUAAAGUUUUAGAUACUUACAAAUUAGAAAAUUCCAUAAAAACUUGGAUAAAUCUUAAUUUAAUGGAAGAAGAGAGGUCCUCACCGGAGAGUAAGACCGAUUUGUUAACAACACCACUACGUAUAAUCCCUUAUAAUGAAAAUAAUGAUGAUAUUAUGUCCACGACCUCAACAAUUCUAACCGCUCAAUACUCUCAACUUGCUCGAUAUCAUUGUCUGUCCAUCCUUCCUAAUUGCCUGACCUCCCUUAGACGACGAGCUAUCUUUAUUCAAAUCUUUUUAAGUAAAUCGACGAAAUUUAUUUAUAUUACCUUGUUGAAAUUAUUAAUUCAAAAUAAUGUUACCUUAAAUACGUUUGUUAUGAAUUUAAAUUAUUCAUCCGAACAGCGACAUUGGAAUGAAGUUUAUGAGUUGAUGUUAGAUAAUUCAAACUUUUUCUCCAAGAGCAAACAUUUAACGAUUAACUUUAGCUGCACGCAAAGUUUUUAUCUCAUUCAACAAAACGGCUUAUCAAAACUUCAACCUUUCUUCUCCUCAUUACCAUUUCAUUGCACUUCCAUCAAAACUCUAAACCUGCAACAUAUUUCUAAUGACGUUUCAAAAGAUAUUACAUCAUUGGUUCGUUCUCAAUCUCAACUUUCCACGAUAUCCUUUAAGAGUGUUAAUAUUGAUCUACUUCAUUCUUUUAAAUUCCUAAAAGAUUGUUCCUCCUUAACUUCGGUCAUAUUUAAUGAGUGUAAUUUUCGUAAUGGUUGUAAGUUUGAAGGGUUCGAAUUUCUCACGAAUCUCGAAUCACUUCAAUUUAUAAAUUGCAAAUCUUUGACUCAGAAUACAAUUCAACCGUUAGUCAACAUCUCCACCCUCAAGAUUAGGAUUCUGACCAUCAUGUUUACUAAUAAGAUCUACAUGAUGUUAGAAUCGGAUAAUCCAAUGGCCAACGUUUUACUUGAAAGGUUCGGUAUGGGCAUCGAAUGUUUGACGUUAUCUCUUAAUGGGAACAGAUCGGAAGAAUUACUCGUGUCAGCAUUAAAUCAUUGUGAAAGGAUUAGGUUUUUACACUUGAUUAGUAUAUCAUACAAACAUGUCCCUCAUAUCUUUAAAAUAAUCAAGCGUCACGACAAUUCCCUCAAAUAUUUAACAUUAGAAAUAAGGGAACAUUAUAGAAUAUUGGAUACGAGUACGAAUGAUCAAAAUCAAACCUUGGACACCUCUUCAAACUUGUUAAGAAACUUGGGUCAACAUUUACCAGUUAAAUUAAGAUAUCUGAAUCUUUACCUUCCCGUUAACGAUUCCAAUGACCUAAAGACAUUUUUUUAUGAGUGUAAGGCGGUGGAACUCAAAACGUUUUUGAUCAGGACCAGGAGCAACAGGAAUUUUGAUUUGAUGUUUGAUGUCAUAACGGAUUUUGUCAAGGGAAGCAAAAGUUUGGAAUAUUUGGCAUAUGGUAGUAGAUAUAAUGUUUAUAACGCAACUUAUAAUUAUUAUAAAAUUUUAGGGAAAAAGAUCAAGGAGGCUGGAUCAAGCGUAAAACUUGCAAGAUAUGAUGAUCUUGUAGUCAAAGCAUCUGAUAUUUAA